CCAACUUCAGCGUCCUUCUUGUUUUAACGAUUAACGAAGCUAGCUAGCAUAAUCGGUUCAGCGCUCACAUAAAAAACGUUGAAAAAUAAACGCACUUUUAUUUAAAAUAUCUAUGUUAAUCUUUUUGUAUUGUAGACCCCCAACAAAAGCAAACAAUGACAAUAAAUAUUUGAAUUAUGUUUAAUAAUUAUUGCUGAGACCAUUAACUAAUCCGAAGCAAGAUCAACGAGAAAGAGCGGUGACAGGCGACGGUGAAAAGAAGAAAUUCCAAAGAAAUACCAACGUAUCUACAACAUAAAACAUGACAGACUUUGAGGUGGUUGAGGUGCAGCCAAACUCACCGGAACGACAUGCGUUUGGGGGCCCGAAGGAGGACGUGAGCGGUGAGAGGGACUCCGACAGCAUGGAGAGUCUGAACACUGGACAAGGAGAGACGGAGGAGUCACUGUCGUUGGCUGUCGUUACUCUGGCUCCGCCCUGUGGUGACCAUACGGGCUGCAGCUGUGACUGUGAGGCCUGCAACUGUCAGGAGACAAGAUGGAUGGAGAGAAACCUCCAGUCCACUGAGCUGCAGCUCCAGUUCCUCAUGAGCAAAGCAGAUUACUUACACGACUGUCUUGUCGAUGGACAGGGUCAUCUAGAGAGAGAGGCUCUUGCUGCUGCAGUGCCAAGUUUCCUGUACACCUGUCAGCCUUUCUUUAACCACCUGGAAUCCACGAGCACCGUGUCUCAGCACACCCCUCUGCCUUUUGACAUCUAUGCAAGGCGCGUGCAGCUGUUGGACUUCUCUCAGCAGCUGUGUGACAGGUUGGAGCAGCUGGUGUUGACCUACGCCAGCUACAAUGCCCUCUGUUUGGACGAGACCAAGCCUAACAGUGUGUCUCACUUCUGCAUCGGUCAGAGCCAGCUUGGUCCACUGAGGGUGACCACGUUUCGCUACUGUACGCCCACGCCGUACCUGGCCCGUGUCGACACGGGCCUGUACAAACGCAUGCGCUGGAACGUGGAGAGACUCCGAGACGAGCAGCAGACAGAGGAAGAGAGCGAGGCAGAAAUAGUCGGCGACACAGUGUAUUACUUCCUGUGCUACGAGGACAUUCCUAAUGCACACGCAGAGGUUAGCGGGGAUAACCAAGAUGCCUCUAACGUGGUAAGGAUGUGGUCCAUCGGUCAGUGGGUGCAGGUGACCCCCCUCACAGAGGACAUCUAUGGCUGGAUCACAUGCGAGGUUCCUCAGGCCGACUACCACAGGCUGUUGUUUCUGGGCAGCGAGGAGCCGUCUAGCUGCAGCGCUACAGACUACCUGCAGCAGCUGCUGCUGCCUCACAAGACAACAGAGUGACGAUAUCAAUGGUGUGUGUAGGCACACGUGACAUUUGUCUCUGGGAUAGACCACCAUUAUUUUUGAUAUUGUUUGGGCAUUUUCAGCCUUUAUUUUGUCAGUACAACUGAAGAUAUGAAAGAGGGAGAAUGACACGCAGCAAAGGGCUGCAGGUCAGAGUCGAACCCUGGCCCGCUGCAUCGAGGAGCAAACCUCUCAUGGUUGGUAGAGGGAUAAACAGCUUGUGAAAGGAGACUGCACCAAUUUAGAUGACACGGGACGCUGUAGAUACAUCCUUAAGAUAGUUAUUAAGCAAAAUGUGUCGUUGAGUUCCUGGGAGGUUAUGAGGUGGAACAUGUCUGGAUGACUGAGCAGAAACGCCCGAGCUGAAAUCCCAGCGCAUCACAUAACUGGAAAAUAUGUGAUACUUAAACCUAAAUGACUUGAUGCAUUCAUGACCUGUUGGGUUUUUCAACAUUUAAAGAUAGAGGCUUCAGUUUUCAUAAUACACUGUGACCAGUGUUGGUUUCAAAAACAAAGUUCAAUAGUCAAGUU